CGAUCGUAGAAUCCGAUGAACACCGCAGGAUCUGUUGUAUGUUUUAUCAGGAGUAUUAUCAGAGACAUCAGCUAUCUGGCGAGACUCCGUCUGCCAUUUCAUGGAUUGGCUCUGUGCAAGGCUUUUUUAUUUUCUCUGGCUCUCUUGUUGGAGGGCCACUAUUUGAUCGCUAUGGCGAAAAGGUCCUGUGGCCUCCUGCCUUCGUCUGCGUCCUGUCUGUCUUCAUGACCUCCAUCUCGACGAAAUACUGGCAUUUCAUCCUUGCACAAGGCGUCCUCGGGGGGAUCUCGAUGGGAAUGACAAUGGCACCGGCUAUGGCAGCCGUUCCUCAGUACUUCAAUAAAAAGCGCAGUGCGGCGAUGGGUGCGACCGUUGCUGGGUCAUCCGUGGGCGGCAUCAUCCUUCCUAUCAUGCUCGGGAAAAUGCUCAACGGCAAUGGGCUAUCAUUCGGAUGGGCCGUACGUGUUGUUGCCUUUCUCAUGUUCGCCAUUCUAAGCGUGUCGUGCUUAUGUAUCAAGGCACGUUUGCCACCUCGCAACGGAACUUUCUUACUCCCUAGUGCGUUUAAGGAUCUACAAUACGUGGCUGUAGUUGCGGCUGGUUUCCUGAUGAUCUUUGGCUUCUUCGGCCCAUUCUUCUACCUCCCUGUCUACGCGGUCCAACAGGGAAUGUCAAAGCUUCUUGCUUCGUAUGUCUUAUCUAUUCUGAACGCCGCAUCCUUCUUUGGCCGGGUGGUGCCUGGUAUUAUGGCCGAUAGAGUCGGACGCUACAACACUCUAUUUGUCGCAGCUAUUGCAUCGGGAGUUUUGAUAUUCUGCUGGCCGCUCAUUACUACAAAUGCGGGAAUAAUUGUUUUCGCUGCACUCUUUGGAUUCUUUUCUGGCACCAUUAUUUCAGGGAUAAUGGUGUGUCUGGCAUCGUGCGCCGGCGACCCGCGAGCAAUUGGUACCUAUAUAGGAAUGGGGCUGACACUGGGAGGAGUGGCAGUACUGAUUGGACCCCCAAUCAAUGGUGCUCUUCUCACAGAGUAUAGCGGCUUUCAUGAAAUAAGCUGGCUUAUGGGGACGGUGACAAUGGCUGGCGCCAUGUCCGUAGUUUUGGCAAAGUGGUUGAGUGGGGGGGGGCAUUUUUGCAAAGCUGUGAGCGAAUUUCUUGUGGGUUAUAUGUAGCAUUGAAAUACUAGCUCUAGGCGUCAAUAUAGAGAUCGGUU